CAACCUUAUUAACUGAGUUGCGUAACCUUUCGUAACCUUUCUCGUCUGGGUCUGGGCCGUCGGUUUUCUAUUGAGUCCUUUUGGUUUGCCUUUCUCAAUUGAUCUAUCUUCCAUUUGUAUUCUAAGCUACCUGGACCGGAUUGAAUUGAGACGUCAGAAUUUCAUCCGCUCGCGAUAUCGUCAUUUACAUGUCGCGCCACCAACAUCCGCGUCUAUUGUUAAUUCUCAGAGGCACAUUGCUACUCAACCCCCAAGUCCCAUCCUAUUGUCUCAAUUAUACCUCGUAAUUGUAGCGAUUGCUACCGCGUCGUCGCCGAAGCGUCGAUUCCUAUCAAUUCCGCCAGAUGCCCUCCAAACCACCGCCGACGAACUCCCACCGAUUCGAUCACUCCUCCGCCUCUCCCGCAUCGUCUCAUCGAUACGCACAAACGCUCGACUCGUCGACCCUAGACGACCGGUCUAUUGCUGGAGAAGAUGACGACCUCGACGGUGGAUCUGUGUCCGGAUAUUCUCGGGGAAGGACUGUGAACCGCAGGAAAAGAAGCCAUAGCACGGCGAGUCUCGGCGCACAGUUCUUGAGCACAAGCUACGGGGGAACUGAGAAGAGGCCGACGAGGAGCUAUCUGCAUAGUGCAAGCCAUGGACCUGAUGAACCGCUACAAUUCUCCUCAGAAGGCGUUCGCAAACAGACGCAAGAACUCGCAUCAUGGGCCCUCGGCGACUCACCCUCCCAACCCCCGCAACUAGAAGCUCUAUUCGAUAACGAUCCCGAACGGUCACACCUCGACGUGGGGACUAGCGGCGAUUCCUUACAUCCCGAGGUCAUCGAAGAAGAAUCGAGCCAGGACGAGACGUCGACGGAGGGGUCGUCGAUACCAAAAAGCCGAUUAACGGAAUUGAUAAGGGGGGAAGAGUCGGCCGCACAACAGGAACCCCUUGAACAGAACGAUCGAGCCAGCACCCGCAGCGAAGUAGUUUCCCGCUCAGGUCGUCGGAAAGACUCAGGGGAGACAGCUCCGCUACUCCCGAAACGUCGAGUCUCCGAAGACGCGUCGACAGACUACGGCACGAAUGGGCACGGGCAGUACGUGGAAGGAGGAGAGCAGCUUAAACGCAGGGAGAAAAAAUAUCCAACUUGGGGAAAAGUGAAGGGGGACGUAGUAGACGUCCUUCGAACGCUGACGGAGCCGAAGAGGUGGAAUGGGAGGGCGAUGCUGCAGAAAGGGGUGAUGGCGCCCAUAAAGACGUUACCCGCAGUCUUUCUGGGCUGGCUACUGAAUGUGUUGGACGCAUUGAGUUAUGGCAUGAUUCUAUUUCCCCUCGGCCAUCCGUUCUUCGAAGACACUGGCCCGGAUGGUAUCUCCAUGUUCUUCGUAAGCUGUAUCGUAUCACAGUUAAUUUAUUCCUGCGGCGCCUCAUCGUUCCGAGGAGGCGUCGGUUCCGAAAUGAUCGAAGUGGUCCCCUUCUUCCACAAAAUGACAUACUUAAUCCUCGCCCACAUGGGCCCGGAUGCUGAGCGUUCAGCCGUUGUCGCGACCGUCAUCACAUCCUAUGCUCUCUCCUCCAUCGUCACUGGCCUCAUAUUCUUCUCCCUCGGCGCCCUCCGGCUAGGAUCGCUGGUUUCCUUCUUCCCCCGAAGCAUCCUCACCGGCUGUAUCGGCGGUGUGGGCAUCUUCCUCUUCAUAACUGGCAUCGAGGUGUCUGCUCGAUUGGACGGGAACCUGAGCUACAACCUCGAGACGGCCCAGGAACUGUUCAGUGCCAAAACCGCGCCGCUGUGGAUCGUGCCUUUGGCCCUGGCUGUCCUCCUGCGUGUCCUGAAGAAAGUACGGGAUCACGAGGCAUUAUUACCGGGAUUCUUUAUCGCUAUUGUCGUCAUCUUCUACAUUGUCGUCGUGGCCACGCCCAGCUUGAACCUGGAUAAAGUGCGGAAUGCUGGCUGGGUGUUCGAGCAGCCCGGGAGCAAUGUCCCCUUUUGGAGAUUUUAUACCUACUACAAAUUCAACCAAGUCGACGUAGCCGCUCUCACUCGGACCAUCCCCUCGAUGUUCGCCCUCUCCUUUUUCGGCAUCCUCCACGUGCCGAUCAACGUCCCCGCUCUCGCCAUCGCCGUCGGCGAAGACGAUGUUAACGUGAACCGCGAAUUGAUCGCGCACGGCCUGAGCAACACGAUCAGUGGGGUCGUCGGGAGCAUCCAAAACUACCUCGUGUACGCCAACAGUGCCAUAUUCAUCCGAAACGGCGGGGAUAGUCGCCUGGCGGGACUCCUCCUUGCUGCUGCGACCGGGGCGACGUGGAUUGCGGGACCGGGGCUCGUGGGAUACAUUCCGGUGAUGAUCGUUGGCGCUCUAAUUUACUUUUUGGGCAUCGAACUAAUGGAAGAGGCGUUGUGGGAUAGCUUUGGAAAGACGCAUAUGCUGGAAUACAUAAUGAUUGUUGCUAUUUCUCUAAUAAUGGGCUUCUACGACUUUGUUGUCGGCGUUGUUACUGGCAUUGUCCUUGCCUGUCUCAUCUUCGUCGUUCAGACCUCUCAAGUCUCCGCCGUCCGCGCUACUUACUCCGGCGUUGUCGCAGAAUCGACGGUACGACGCCAUCCCCUCCAAAGACGGUUCCUCCGAGAAGUGGGCUCCCAGGUCUACCUUGCCAAACUGGCCGGCUACCUUUUCUUCGGCACCAUCGUCGCGGUCGAGAACCGAGUCCGCGAGCUCGUCGACGAGGAGCGCUUCCUCCAGAAGCCUAUCAAAUACUUCAUCUUCGACCUCCAGCACGUCACCGGCAUCGACUUCAGUGCUGCCGACGCCUUCAGCCGCAUGCACCGCAUCCUCCGCCGCCGCAAUGUUGAGAUGCUCCUCUCCGGCCUCAGUCCCUCCGGCACCGUCGGCCGCUCCCUCACCAUGGUGAAGCUCCUCGAUGAAGAGCACGCCGACCCGGAGUACCCGCCCCCCCGCGUCUUCGAGGACCUCAACAAAGCCCUCGAGGCCUGCGAGAACGAGCUCCUCCUCGCCUUCCGCGCCCGCCACGAGGCCCUCUCCGCCGCCCAACAGCCCACAUCGCCCCAC